AUGGCAUGCAAUGCACCUAAGAUAACCUUAGACGAACAAUCUCCACUACUCUGGUAUCCAUGUUUAACAUCACACCUGUACACCAUGUAUACUUCUCAUUCGCAUUGUAGUAGUGUAGUAGGUAUGGAUACUUUGGUAGAAUACACUUCGUCAGAGGAAGAAGAGCAGAAUCCAAGUGUUCAUGAAGUAAUACUGCCUAUAGCAGGAAGCGAACCAGAGAAAGAAACAACAAUUCAACACCUGAAUCCAUCACCAGUGUCCCCCACAUCUCAUCUUCAUAGUCUCGUACCUUUCCUGGCAAACUACAGCAUGAAUCGCAAAAACCUAUUAUCAGGAUUUCUACUUCUCCCCUGGAAGCCACUGCCAGCUACCAUGAGCCGCUUACAAGUGUGCAGCCAAAAAGCAGCCUCUGCUAUCAAAUCAAAGUUUCCAGAGCUCAACUCAAGAUACGAUUGGCAUUUUGCCGGUGCCAACAGACCUGUUGUAUUCGGUAGGUUUGGUUACACAAAUGUGGGUGCAAUCAAUUCACUUCAUGUGAGCUUGCUCCCAAAUUUCUAUACGGAAAAACAUCGUUUCUCACAAAUAAGAGCCAAUCUCAAGCGCGCAGUAAGCCUAAUAUCUCCUCCCGGUGAACUCCUACAAGAGCAAGAAGCGAGCGCAAUAGAUAAGAUGCUACUGAAGCAUCCGAAAAAAAAAUUCAUCUCCUUAAAGAUCAAACCGAACUUGCGAUGUUAUAUGUCUAGUAAAUCUGGAACAGUGUUUGUGGCCCUUGAUAUCAACGAUGAACCUUCACUUGGUGACCAUAUGCUGGCUGAAUACCGCUUUCUCCGAACAAUGACAGGAUUGGCAGAAGAACAGCUUGAAUUGCUUAAUUGCGAGUACGACUGGAAAACAAUGGUGACCAAUCCUUCCAAAAAGUUGGAUGAUGGGCUUCCCGUGAUCAGGUACCAUGUAACAUUACUAAUUGGAGAAAUUCAAAUCUUUGAUCGAAGACUCAAAUCUGGCGAGUUUCGAAAGCUUAGAGAUGUGGUUCAAAACUGUAACGUUUUGGAGGACCUAAAGGACAUAACGGUCGAUGUGGAUACUCUCCAAUUACGCAACAUUGCAGGCAUGACUGCGAACAUUGACCUUAUCAAAUAA